GAUGCUGUUGCCGCCGUCCCUCGCCCUCAGGAGGCAGGAGGCCUACUGUGGAUUCAUUGUGCUCCUGAUGGCUGUGUACUGGUGCACUGAGGUCAUCCCACUGGCCGUUACUGCUAUCCUCCCCAUCGUUCUCUUCCCACUGUUCGGAAUCAUGACAUCUAAAGCGGUGUGUAUGCAGUACAUGAAGGACACCAACAUGCUCUUCCUCGGUGGGUUAAUGGUGGCCGUAGCCAUUGAGACUUGGAACCUCCACAAGCGAAUCGCACUGAGGGCACUGCUCAUCGUUGGGGUCAGACCAGCUCUGCUGAUGAUGGGGUUCAUGGGCACGACCGCCUUCCUCUCCAUGUGGAUCAGUAACACGGCAACCACCGCCAUGAUGGUGCCCAUCGCCCAGGCCGUGUUGGACCAGCUCGGUACCGUGGGCGCGGAACCGGGGAGCGAACGGGCCCACAGCGACGUGGAGCUGCAGGAAAAGGGCACCGGCACUGAGGUGCACCGGGCAGGUGUGGGGUCCCGAUCGGUGAGCCCCUCCACAUCCCUCAGCUCCGAGGAGCAGAGCGAGGAACUGCGGCUGCAGAAGAUGCUUUCCCUGUCUGUCUGCUAUGCGGCCAGUAUCGGGGGUACUGCCACUCUCACCGGGACCGGCCCCAACCUCGUUCUCAAGGGCCAGUUUAGCCAGAUCUUCCCCGAGAGCAGAGACCUGAUCAACUUUGCGUCCUGGUUUGGCUUUUCCUUCCCGAACAUGCUGCUGAUGCUGGUCUCCUGCUGGAUCUGGCUACAUGUGCUGUUCCUGGGUGUGAAUUUUGGGAGGCUGUUGGGGUGCAGGACUGAGCCGUGUCCCAGAGAAAAGGCCGCCUACGGGGUGAUCCAGGCAGAGUACCAGAAGCUGGGCCUCAUGUCCUUCGCUGAGAAGCAGGUCCUGGGCCUCUUUGCCCUGCUGGUACUCUUGUGGUUCAGCAGGGACCCUGGUUUCGUGCCCGGCUGGGGCACCCUCCUCUUCAACAGGGAUGGCAAGGAAUAUGUUACCGACGCCACCGUGGUGACCUUCAUCACGAUCCUGAUGUUCAUCGCGCCUUCACAGAGACCACAGCUGAAGCCCUGGGUGCAGGGCAGGCAGAGCACAGAAGAGGGUAUGGCAGCCAGGCAGCAGACGGAGUCCCCCGGCACCCGGCUCCUGGAGUGGAAACUGGUGCAGAAGAAGGUGUCCUGGAACGUGGUCCUCUUGUUAGGAGGAGGUUUUGCCUUGGCCAGGGGCUGUGAGGAGUCGGGACUGUCCAGGUGGCUGGGAAACCAGCUGCUGCCCCUGCAGAAUAUUCCACCGUGGGCCAUCGUCACUGUUCUCUGCCUGCUGAUCGCCACCUUUACCGAGUGCACCAGUAAUGUGGCCACCGCCACGCUCUUCCUCCCCAUCCUGGCUUCCAUGGCCUCCCGGAUCCGAAUGAACCCCCUCUACAUCAUGAUCCCAGCCACCCUCAGCACUUCCUUUGCUUUCAUGCUCCCUGUGGCGACCCCGCCCAACGCCAUCGUCUUCUCCUAUGGCCAGCUCAGGGUCUCUGACAUGGUCAAGGCAGGGCUCGCUCUCAACCUGAUCGGAGUGGUUUCUGUGAUCGUGGCCAUCAACACCUGGGGUUGGGCAAUGUUUGACCUCAGUACCUUCCCCAGCUGGGCUAACAUCACAGACUCAAUGUGACAGGCAGCAGAGGAGGUGAAUCCCAGCUGGAGGCUCUAGACCACAGACAGUGGAUUAAUAGGACUCCCUAGAUGGACUGGUCAAGGGAGAAAAACCCAGGAGUGGA